UCAGCCUGCAUGUUGAAGUUUCAGAUUUUCAAAUGAAAAUCAGUCAAUGGUAAUAAAGUAACUGAGUCAAAGUUCAAAGAAUAAGUGUAGCAAACACAUAUCUAUCUGGGAAAUAACUUGUGACAGUUUAACAGUGAAAAGAAACAGGAAAUACGUCAGUGGGGAGAGCAACAAUGUGGUCACUGUACAUUUCCUGAUCUACAGUGAUACCAUCACACCGUGAGAACGACUAAAGCAACUUUUCCUUCUCACAAAAAGCUACAAAAUCAGAGAUCUGGAAACAUGGUUGAUCCAAAAUAUGAGACUUCACCUUCCAACCAGACCUGUGAUGCUGUCGACACAUCAGCCAGCACUUUCUUUAUGGUGGUCUACAGUCUGCUGUUUGUUGUGGGUCUACCUCUCAAUGGCUUCGUCAUAAAGUUCUACUGUUGUCAAGCUCAGCACCAGGCAUCGAGCAGCUUGAAGGUCUUCCUGAAAAACCUGACAGCUGCCGACUUUCUGCUCUGUCUCUCUCUGCCACUGCGCAUUGGCCACUAUAGUAGCAGAUCUAUGAUCAUUUGGCAGCUCUACUGCAGCUUUGGAGCCUCUGCCUUCUACCUCAACAUGUGUGCCAGCAUCAUAUUCAUGGGGUACAUCGCUGCCAACAGGUAUCUGAAGAUUGUUGAUCCUUCACGAACUCGUGUCCUGCAGACAGUGCGGACUGCCCGCAUCAUCUCCAUGAUCACCUGGAUUUUUCUCGUGACUACAGGAAUUAUUUUCAUCAUCCUGUUUUUCAUCACUCAUAAAUCUCUGCCUUCUAGUAUCAGCCGCUGUGUUCUCAUCUUUAGUCCACUGGUCACCAUGUCCUUCAAAAUCAUUCAGGCUUUGUGUGUUGUUACUUUCCUCGUGGUCUUCAUAUCCCUGGUCUUCUUCUACUACAGCAUCUCCCACAGGGUGUUGCAGGCACACCAGAGGCAGCUGGCCUCCUCUGGCUCAGAGAAGCUCUUGAAGUCUCGCAGGAACAUGUUGGUGCUGGUCAGCAUCUUUUGUGUUUGUUUUGCCCCAUUUUACCUGGUUCGACUACCCUCAGCUUUUCUGUGGAGCAGCUGUUCUGUGGGUCCAGCGUUGUACUACCUGCAGGAGGUGACCACCAUGGUUGCAGCUUUCAACGUCUGUCUGGACCCUCUUGUUUACUUUUUCCUCUGUAAGACUUUUCAUGCUCAGGUGAGAAUGGCAUUCAGGAGGACCAACAUCCAACAAGCAAAUGAGGAAAGUGAGUAGCAGCUGGACAUCAUUAUCUCAACAACAAACCAAACCAGUGAAUUGUAAAGAAAACUUUGUUGGGUUUUUUGAGAGUCAUUUGAGGUUUUUGAGGCUUAUUGAUCCAAAGUCCAAAGCUCAACCUACCACAAACAUUCUCCCACAGACACCACCAGUGUUUAUGUGGGUUUUUUUUUUUUAACACAUAUUAAAAUGAACUUUUUGCUGUUAAAAAAGUAAAAACCUUUUGUUAAAUUUUGCAAGCCAGAUAGAUGAAGGAUAGAUAAGAUGGCAGUGAACAUCAUAUGAUUAAAGAUCAACUUGAAUGGAUAGCCCUAGUAUUAAGAUUUGACAUCCAGUGAGGGUCUUGAUUUGUCUUCUGUGAGAUGAGCAGUUUAGAAGAUCUCUAAGAGGUUCACAGAGACAGUAAAAGGGGGAACCAAAGUCCAACCUGUGAAUUGAUUUGGGAUUUUUUGUCUUUUUCAUCUGCUCAUUGUUGCCGUGUUAGAUGGUUAAUUUUAAGAAUAAUUCCUUUAUGAAGUGAGAAACACAGAGUAAAAAGUUCCAGCAUGCUUAAUUUACUUGCAAGGAAGCAAAAGCAUACUCAGUGAACAUCUAUGCUAGUGCUCACCAGGGUAUUCCCACAAGUUUCAUUUAUACACUUCUUCCAAUAUUAGUCUGGGAAAAGAUACAGAAGGACAGAUUUAGAGAAACUAAAAGACAAAGAGUGAUACGUCUCUUUAGCUUACUGUUAACGGAUGUUGUAUAGCUUUAAUUCUUCUCAGUAGGCUAGCCUCCAUCGGUCUCUCCCAUACUCCACUAGCCUGGUUUAAAUCAUACCUGUCUGAUCGCACUCAGUUCAUUCAACUCAAAUCCUUUACUUCUCAGCCCUUUCCUCUGACCACUGGUGUGCCCCAGGGAUCUGUCCUGGGGCCCCUUCUUUUCAUUAUCUACCUUCUACCGCUUGGACAUAUUUUCCGUAAAUACAAUAUCCAUUUUCACUGUUAUGCCGAUGACACCCAGCUUUAUCUGUCCACUAAACCUGAUUCUGCUCUUCCCCCAUCCUCCCUCACCCUCUGCUUAGCUGAACUAAAUUCAUGGUUCUCUUCUAAUUUUCUUAAACUCAAUAGUAAUAAAUCCGAGCUCCUCUUAGUAGGCACUAAAUCAACAUUAUCCAGAACCAACAGUUUCUCUAUUACUAUCAAUAACUCGCCGGUCUCCAUUUCUUCCUCUGUGAAAAGUUUGGGUGUCAUCCUCGACAGUACUUUAUCUUUCAAUUCACACAUUAAUAAUGUCACUCGGUCUGCAUAUUUUCAAUUGCGCAACAUUAAUCGUCUCCGUCCUUUUCUCACCUCACAUGCCACUGCCAUUCUUGUCCAUAGCCUUGUUACUUCCCGGAUUGAUUAUUGUAAUUCACUUCUUUUUGGUCUUACUCAAAAAUCCAUCCAUAAGCUUCAACGCAUCCAGAAUUCUGCUGCCCGUAUCAUCACCAGGACCCCUUCUAUCCACCACAUCACUCCUGUUCUGCAGCAGCUUCAUUGGCUCCCGGUCAAGUAUCGUAUCAAUUUCAAAAUACUCUUGUACGCAUUUAAAGCUAUUCAUCAUCUCUCUCCUUCAUAUCUCUCUGAUCUGGUUAACAUCACCGCCCCAUCUCGUUGUCUCAGAUCUUCUUCUUCCCUUAGACAAGGACAUAAGAACUAAGCAGGGAAGAUAAGGGAGAGGAGUGCAUUUAAAGUAUAAAUUGUGGGCAUUCGCUUUUUAACCUUUCAUGAAACAGUAAAGAUAAAAGUCCGAGUAUUAUUCUGAGACCGUUCUCAUUCCGAAAGCGUAACAUCCCAGCAAUUUGUCACAUCCCGAGACGUCCCAUAGUAACGCGAAAGGUAACCUUCCAAGUGCCUAAGAAGAUGGAUGGAUGGAUGGCUGGAUGGAUGGAUGGAUGGAUGGAUGGUGCAAAUAGCUCUUAUAGUUACCCUAGCAUAAGGGUUAGGAUUAAAGGUACCUGGACCAUUCUCAGAUAGUUAGUACUGGGCGAGUCCCCUAGCCCACAUCAGCUCCAACUGAACCCUGCAUGAUCUACUGGAUAAGACUCAGAGGAUCAGAGAUUAGGGCUUUUUAAUCAGAGAGCCUAAAUCAACUUCCUGUAUAGGGGUUCUGUGGGACUAAAGACAGACAACUUAAUUUUAAUUAAAUCUGAUCAAAAAGUUGUACUACACUGUCUCACUGUCCUGGGUCGAUGACCCAGCAGUUUGAGUUUUUCUGUGUUUUUCGGUGUUUUUGUCAUUUUGCGUCAUUAUUUAUGUUUAAGUCCUCUGUGUUAGUCUAGAGUUAUUCUAUUGGCGGUUCUGUUUAGAUUUGUUUAUUGGAUUUCCCCUCGUGUCUUUGCCCUCUGUGUCUCCUUCGGUGUGUAUCUGCUUGGGCUUAUGUGUGUUUUUGUGCCUUGUUUCCCCUCCUUGUGAUUUAUUCCAUAUUUAUUUCCCCAAUCCGCCAUGUCUCACUCAUCUCCUCUCUCAUUCCCUCAUGCUCCUUUGUAUUCCCUCGCUCCCCCUCGUCUGCCUCUCCUCCACUCCUGUGUCAUGUUCUUCAGUUUCCUGUUUUACUGUGAAGGUCUCAUGUUUCCAUGUUCCGCGUAUCUUGUUUUGCUUCCCAUGUGUCUGUGUCUUCCUACGUAUGUUGUCGUGAUCUCCCUCAUUCAUGGCUGUGUGUCCCGGUGUCUUUCCGUGUGUUUAGUUGAUUAUUUCCUUGUAUGGUUUUGCAUCGUUUUGCCAUUCAGCAAUAAAGUUGUGUUCCUUUGAGUUUGAGUCUGUGAUUAGGUCCUUUCUUGCCUGUACAUAGCCAUUUUGUGACACACUGAUUUAUAUUCCUGAGCACUAAGCAGUCUCAUCAUAACUCAAACAUACUUUCUAGCAUAGCAUAGCACUGUUGUACUGACUUGUUUUUAACUCAUGAAUUAGUAUUGUUACAGAUCUGUACUGGACUGUUGUGGUGAAAUGGAAUCUGAUAGUUGUAGUUCAUAGGGUAAGUCAUCUCAUUAAAAUUUUGAAAGUAAAGUCAAGACCUUUAAUUACAUAGUGAAGGUGGUGUGAUAAAAUCUUAAAAUUAUCAUGGUCCGGAGUCUGGUGACUCCAUGUUUAUGUUUUGUGUUUAUUGAUUUUUUAGAGUUUUCUGGGGGGGGGUUGUUAUUUUUAUUAUUAUUUUUAUUGUUUAUUAUUUUUCUUCCAGUCUUUAGGUGUUCUCUGUUCUCCCCUUGUGUUCAUGUCAUUUUACUUUGAUGAUACCUUGUCUCAUGUCUGUGUCUCUAGCCUUACCUCCCCUUAGUCUUGUCAAGUGUGAUCUGUCCCAGCUGUGCUCUCCUCCUGUUUCCCUUUCCCUCGUCAUCCCUCACUGUAUUUUGGCCCUGUGUUUCUCUCUUUCAGUGUUGUGUCGUCACCUCAAGCUGUGUAGUCUAAGAAGCUUGGAAAGAA